AUGAAAAUAUCAGCCUCGUUGGCCCUUCUCUCCGAUUUAUGGCAGGCUAUUCGGACAGCUCUCCUGCCCACGCUGCGGGAUAUCUGCAGACAGCCUCUACUGCUCCUCCGACCUCGCCAAAUCUCCCGUGUCUUCAUGUCGCAUCUGUGGAUUCCUUUUGGAGAUGAGACUGAUGAAAAUGCGCGACCUGUGAAGGAGAAUCUCAUCCCACCUAACGCGCGUGGUGUUGUCCUGGAUAUCGGUGCAGGGUAUGGUCAUACCAUCAAUUAUCUCAGCCGCGACAUGGUCACCAAAUAUAUCGCAUUAGAGCCCAAUCGGCUUAUGCACGCUGAGAUUCGCGCGCGUGCUAACGCUGCAGGGUUCACUGAAGAAUCCGACACAUUCCAGAUCCUCCCAUACGGUGCAGAAGACGUCGCAUCGAUUGUAUCUGCUCUGGGUCGACCCGAUGCAGUAGACACACUCAUCUCUGUCCUCACCCUAUGUUCCAUACCAAAUCCGGAAGAUACGUUGGCAGCCCUCGUCGAGCUCGUGCUGAAGCCUGGUGGACAGCUGUUAUUUUACGAACAUGUCCUGAGCCCACGGGACGAUGUCGCGUGGUGGCAGCGAUUCUGGACACCGCUCUGGAGCAGUGUAUUCGAUGGGUGCUGUCUUGACCGGCCUAGUCACAUUUAUGUGAAGAGGUUAGAUCUAUGGAGCUCAGGAGAAGUUUGGGCAAAAGAAGGUGAACCAGAAGAACAUCUGUUUUGGCAUCAAAUUGGUAGAUUUGUGAAGCGAUCUAUGUAA